GCAUUUUCUGUCCAGGCUAAAUCUUGCAAGCGUGCCAUGGCAAAUGAAUCGAGGAUCAGGAAUCUGAAUGCAAGAACCAUUGACUUGAAUGGCGAAUGGCACCUCAGCAGCCAAGACCAGUCGGUCCGAGUCAAGGCCACUGUCCCAGGGCAGGCCCACCUUGAUUUGAUACAAGCGAAUGUUCUGAAAGAAGAUCCUUACUAUGGCAUAAAUUACGUGAAGGACUCAAUGAGAAAACUGAUUGAGACCACAUGGGUGUAUGAAAAGGACUUUUUCUUGGAUGAUAGCAUGGUCUAUGCGAUCGCUAUUCUAGACUGCGAGGGACUCGACACAAUCGCCACUAUCACUUUGAACGGCGAGCGAGUCGGAUGCACUCAGAACCAGUUCCGGCGCUACUUGUUUGAUGUAGGCGCCUUUUUGAAACCAGGACCCAACAUUCUCCGGAUCCAGUUCGAGGAUGCGGUGAAGCAUGCAAAGAAGAAGGCCGCUGCUUAUCCGUAUUACGUUCCUGAUAUGUUUAAUAUGAGCACGGCUCAACAUGGGUUCCCACACCGCAACUUUAUUCGAAAGGAGCAGUGCUCUUUCUCCUGGGACUGGGGUCCGGCGUUCGCGCCCUGCGGGAUUUGGCGGCCCAUUUCAUUGAAACUGGACGAGCAGGGGAUUUUGGUGAAAAGCUGGUAUCUCAAGACCUCCUAUAAAGCAAUUCGAGACGCUUGGGAAGUUCAGAUUCAUCUAGAGCUCGUAUGCGAUCGAGACCAGAACUUAGUAGCAAAGCUACGCUUCGAUAAAGGGCUCCCUGCGACGGAGCACCAGUUAAUGGUGACCGCUGGGCAAUGUACAACUGAGCAUUCUUUUUUCGUGGAACUUUCGCCAGUUAACCGUUGGUGGCCGAGGGGAUAUGGAGAGCCAACGCUUUAUUCUGUGGAAGUGACUCUGCUGAACGAUAACGCAUCCACGGUUGCGUCGCAUAUUUUCCAAUGUGGAUUUGUCGAGUCUGAGCUCAUACAGGAUCCACUGACCGAGGGGCGGGAUGGAGAGUCGUUCAACUUUCGCAUCAAUGGCGUGGAUAUGUUUGCGAAAGGCACAAAUUGGAUCCCAGGUCAUGUCUUUGAUCGUAUGAUGACGAUGGAGCAGAAAAGGUCUCUUCUUCAGAGCUGUGUCGCCGCCAACAUGAACAUGAUUCGCAUCUGGGGAGGCGGCCGAUAUGAAUCAAAUGAAUUCUAUAGGAUAUGCAACGAGCUCGGAAUCAUGGUGUGGCAGGAAUUCAUGUUCGCGUGUGCUCUAUACCCCACAAAUGACGAAUUUCUGGAAAACAUCAGGCAGGAGGUAUCGGAUCAGACUAAAAGACUGAUGGUGCACCCAUGUAUUGUUCUCUGGUCAGGGAACAACGAAAAUCAGGAGUUUAUAGUGAAAGGAUGGGAUAAAGCCACCGUCCGCAAUCCAUAUUUAUUCACGGUUGAUUAUCACAAGUUAUACGUGGAAACCAUAAUGUCGUCGUUGAACAAAUUGGACACGUCCCGUCCAUUCAUAUCCACAUCGCCUUCCGCCGGCGUGAUAUGUAAGACACCAUACACUGAACGGUAUGUUCUCCAGGAUUCUGAGCGCGGCCUGUAUGGGGAUGUCCAUUUCUAUGACUACAAGCACAAUGGGCUGCAUGUAGAGCAUUACCCGAAUGCACGCUUUGUCUCAGAAUACGGGGCGCAGUCUAUGCCGUCGUUCAGAGCAUGGCGAAAAAUCUCGUCUCCAGAUGAUUGGCACCCCCUUUCAACCCUCUCUGUACAUCGCAAUCACCAUAAAAGUGGACAGCUCGAGAUGCUUGAGCAGAUUGAGCACCAGUUUCAGCUGCCUGCAGCCUUGUCGAAAUAUUAUCACGCGAACUUCAAAGACGUAUCUGAGAUACUCAUAGACAUCAGCGAGAAUCUCUUUGAUUUGUUCUGUUACUUGACGCAAUGUGUUCAAGCCCGUUCAAUCGUCAAUCAAACUGAGCACUACAUACGAGGUCGCAGCGAAGAUAGACGCACCAUGGGCGCACUUUAUUGGCAGCUGAAUGAUAUCUGGCCGGCGCCUACAUGGUCGAGUAUUGAACACGGAGGUCGUUGGAAACCUCUUCACUACUACAUUAAGCAUUCCUUUGCUGAUGUCCUCGUCUCAGGAUACCAGCCUGCUAAAACACGCUCGCUCCGAAUUCAUAUUUCCAAUGACAGAUCCACGCCCAUUGAAGGUCAACUAUUCGUGCGAUCGUACGACAUCACAUCUGGCCAGGCUACAACGAGCACUUCUGUCUCCUUCACCGUGAAUAGCCAUUCCAGCGAACUGGUAAUGCAAGUUACAUCUGAUCUCCUGGGUGACGAUGGAGCCCUUGCGCCACGUUUGCUAUUGGCCACUGCGAAGAUUACCAGCAAAGUAUGCAACAAGACUUACGAGAUGCUGCCUCAAAUUUUUCCUGUGCGGGAUCCGUUCCUCCUGGCUUGCCUCAAGAAAGACCCUGGAAUAUCAGUCGUGGAACUCGUCGUGAGGGAAGGAGCCCUGAGGAGCGAGUACCAAAUUCAUAUCACGCUCCAAUCGUUAUCAAUCGCUGGGUUUGUCUGUCUUGAAUGGGACAGAGAUGGGGUGGAGGGGUAUUUUGACGAGAAUGCGUUCUGGCUUUUGCCGGAGGAACCAAAAGCAAUUAUUUUUUACGGCAAGGGAGACAUGAGUGCAGUGGAUACGCAGAAGAGCGAUCUGCAGAUCAGAUCCCUCUCUGACGCUUUGCAUUGCGCGAGUACUCUUGAGACGCUUCUCUUUUAGCGAGCAUAAAUCGCAGAUUGCAUAGGAAAAAUGAUAUGGCACCCCUGGGCACUCUUUGGCAUAUUCAAACGUGGUUUUUAUCGCAUUUUUCCUAUGUGAAUCGGUAGUAAAACUCUCUUUGAGUGGGUUAUUCACAUAUUCAGCUACAUGUCGCGCUGAGUCUCGUUCAGAGAGGUUCAAUUCAAUCCCCAAUUAAAGUUUUAUUGCAGGUUUGCGCGCGA